GAAACAGAUGUUGAUGACAGAUAUGGAGAUUUGGAUUCCAGAACAGAUUCUGAUAUUCCAGAAAUUUCAUCAUCCUCAGAUAGAACCCCUAAGAUUCUCAAGAAAGCUCUGUCCGGUUUAUCUUCAAGGUGGAAAAACUGGUGGAUUCGUGGAAUUCUUACUCUAACUAUGAUUUUCUUCUUUUCCCUGAUCAUCUAUAUGGGAUCCUUUAUGCUGAUGCUUCUUGUUCUGGGCAUUCAAGUGAAAUGCUUCCACGAAAUUAUCACCAUAGGUUAUAGAGUCUAUCAUUCUUAUGAUCUACCCUGGUUUAGAACACUAAGUUGGUACUUUCUGCUAUGUGUGAACUACUUUUUCUAUGGAGAAACUGUAGCUGAUUAUUUUGCUACGUUUGUUCAAAGAGAAGAACAACUUCAGUUCCUUAUUCGCUACCACAGAUUUAUAUCAUUUGCCCUUUAUCUGGCAGGUUUCUGCAUGUUUGUACUGAGCUUGGUGAAGAAACAUUAUCGUCUGCAGUUUUAUAUGUUCGCAUGGACUCAUGUAACUUUACUGAUAACAGUUACUCAGUCACAUCUUGUCAUCCAAAAUCUGUUUGAAGGCAUGAUAUGGUUCCUUGUUCCAAUAUCAAGUGUUAUCUGCAAUGACAUAACUGCUUACCUUUUUGGAUUUUUUUUUGGAAGAACUCCAUUAAUUAAGUUGUCUCCUAAAAAGACAUGGGAAGGAUUCAUUGGCGGUUUCUUUUCCACAGUCGUGUUUGGAUUCAUUGUUGCGUAUCUGUUAUCCAAAUACCAGUACUUUGUCUGCCCGGUGGAAUACCGAAGUGAUGUAAACUCCUUUGUUACAGAGUGUGAGCCCUCAGAACUUUUCCAGCUUCAGAGUUAUUCACUUCCUCCCUUUCUAAAGACGGUGUUGAGACGGGAAACAGUGAGCUUGUAUCCUUUCCAGAUACACAGUAUUGCGCUUUCAACCUUUGCAUCUUUAAUUGGCCCAUUUGGAGGAUUCUUUGCCAGUGGAUUCAAAAGAGCUUUCAAAAUCAAGGAUUUUGCAAAUACCAUCCCUGGACAUGGUGGGAUAAUGGACAGAUUUGAUUGUCAGUAUUUGAUGGCAACUUUUGUGCAUGUGUACAUCACAAGUUUUAUAAGGGGUCCAAAUCCCAGCAAAGUGUUACAGCAGUUGUUGGUGCUUCAACCAGAACAGCAGUUAAAUAUAUAUAAAACCCUGAAGACUCAUCUCAUUGAGAAAGGAAUCCUACAGCCCACCUUGAAGGUAUAACUGGAUCCAGAGAGGCAAGGACUGACGAGAAGGAAAUCUGCAGAAAAGCACUGACACAUGAAUUUUGUAAUUGUAAAGAAAAAUGGUUGAAAAUGCAAUAGAGGGAAGUUUUACAGACAUGAAUGUUUCUUCUCGAAAAUUACUGUGAAUAUUUAACAAACACUUACUUGAUCUAAGUUGUGAAAUAAGUAGCAAAUUGCCAGCAAAAUAUCCUGUACUUUUUCUAAGGUGUAUUUUCUGAUUUAAGUCUUUCUCUUUGCUAGUUUCAUAAUUUAAAAGACUUGUGUUUUUAAGAGUCGAAUGCUAUAAAGUUAGUAAAUUGAGGAUGUCUUCAGAUUGCACCUGGCAGUGUGCUCUUUUGCACAAAUAUUUACUUUUGCACUUGGAGCUGCUCUUAAUUUUAGCAAAAUGUUUUAUGUAAGGCACAGUAGGAAGUCAGCUCUCCUGCACUUCCUCCUCUUGUAGUCUCAAGUGUUUUCUGAAGGGCUGAGUUGGAUUAAAAAAUAAAUAAAAAAAGAUUGUUUGCCAGGGGAAAAUAUUCUGUUUUCAGGUGGGUUCCACAUUCAGAAGAGGGAGGCUGAAAUGUCUGCUUUUAUCGGCUCAUUUGAAAGAGCAGGCAUCACACUCUACUGCUGAUGAAAUUGUUUGGAAAACACCACCUUGCAAAAACUUUUUGAAAGAAAGCAGAAUUCUGCUGUGAAGAACACAAUGUAUGGUUUUCCACCGAUUAUCUCAAGAGGACAGUAGCUCCAGAGGCAGCAUAAGACAGUGGCAUGGGCCACCUCUUGGUUGAGUCUUCUCUCCUUGUUUCCCUGUGAACUGGUUUCCCUAAGUUCUGCAGGCACGAGCACACGGCAAGAUCCGUACACAGGGUAGUGAGUCGUGUGGUGGCGAAGCAGAGCAGGUGAUGCUCAGCUGAGCCAGAGUCACCCAUCCUGGAGGAGGCUCCGCUUGCCUGUGUCCUGGCUGCCUGCCUCCUGGUUUCCAGGGCGUCCCGUGGCAGGGAAGGAGGAGGAUCUGCCUGGAGACCCAAUCCCAGACCAACUUCCUGGAAGUAGCUAAUCUUUGUCUCAUUGCUCUUUCGUAUCAUGUCAUAGAAUCUGAGGACAUCAGCUGAUUAUUUUUUCUUCCAAGAAUGAAAAUCAAGCAGGAAUGAUUCCCACCAAGAACAAAAAGCACACAAAUGCCAUACCGUUCCUUUGGUGGACUGGAUGCUGAAACCAGAUGAGAGUAAAUUUCUUAUCAGUGGACGUGAGUGAGCUCCUCUCGCUGUGUACUCUCUACAGCCGUGUUUAUUGUAUUGAACAGUUGGCAUUAAACCUUCCAAAACUGCCCAGUGCUCUUGGUUAAAUGUUCAGAGGAAAGAAAUAGAUGUAUUUUAAAGAAUGUUUUGCUAAUGAAAAGAGUAAAUAUUUUUUCUUAAAUCAGAAACAAAUUUCAAUUAUUUUAUAUUCCCAUCCCACCACUAUACCUAAAAUAAAAGAUUGUAGACAUGCCUGGGUUCCAUGGGUGUAACCUGUCACUCGCAGCCUCAUCAUGUGUACUCUGUGAUUUUAGUAGAUAUAGUUACAUUCAGUCCCAGGAGUCUCAUUUCUUGGUCUGGCGUGCAUUCUGUUGACUCGUCAGCACUGGAUGUAUUCAGUCAGUGUUACUUCAUACUAUCCUCCAAAAAAAAGUCUAGAAUUGGCAUUGGAAAUGUUAUUAAAGGAGAGAACAAUCACUUUUAAAAUCAGUCCACCAAUGAGUUAACUUUUAACAUCUCAUGUUUUUAUUUGCUUCAUUAACAGCUCCAAAUGUUGAUCACAAAAGAAUUGAAAUACCAAAGUUUAAAAAAUAAGAUGAAAAUUUUGUGAUAGACAUUUACAUUGAACACUCGGUGGUUUGCACAAGUAAGAAAUCCUGGGAGAAACACAGAUCCCUCUGCAUUUUUAUUUAAAGUAAUUGGUGAGACAUUGCGGUACAGAAUUAUAAGAGGGCAUUACUGAAUGUAUUAUAAAGUCAAUGUAAUUAUAAACAAAAUAUGAAGCUAGAAAUAUCUGGAGUCAUAGUAAUAGCUUUUCUCAAAUAUACUUUUAGAAUUGGGUGUACAUUAUUCUAUAUGUAAAAAAAUAAAUUCUUAAUUUUAACAGCUGUAAAGAUUGACCUUUUUAGCAUACUUUUAUAGCAUGUAUGUUAAAAUAGAAUAUAUUUUAGCAAAAGAAUGCCGUAAAAAUCUGACUUUGAUCAUUUUUAUAUUUGCACUGUGAAGAGGGCUUAAAUUCCAAUGUUGCAAUGUGGUGGUGAAAAAAUGAAAAACUAGGAACUUCUUUUGCAGUAAUGUUCCAAAUUUGCCAUUCUUGGAGGUACUGUAAUGGUACUAACUGUUUGACUUUUUAACUUGUGGUAUACAAAUGUUUUCUCAAUGCUUUCUCCCCUUGUGAGGGUGUGUAUACAUUUACUCUCUGAGAAUAAAAAGACACCACACACCCCCUUUUUUCAUUUACAGUAUCUCUUCAUUUGCACUUUGGUUUGAACAAAGACAGUGUCACCUUGUUCAAUGGAAAACAAAAUGUAGAAACAGUGUGUCCAUACUGUAUAUGGGUGAUAGCUUAUGAUGUAUGUCAAUCCAUUCACUGAAUCUUUUACUGAAACUGAGUUAGGAAAAUAAAAUUAAAACAAAUCGUA